AUGCACAAGAAGUUUCAAUAUCCAAUGCGCGAGUGGAUGAGUCCUUUUGCAGUUCUGCCUUUGUUGCGAGCAUCUUCUGCAAGCCUAAGUAUCUUCUAUAGGGACAAAAUCCUUUUGCUUAAGAUAGCAUUUUCCACCUGCAUUGCGAGCAUGUUGAGAUUUGAGCUGAUAUACUUCAUGUCUGGGGAUCACUCUGAUGUUGCAAGGCUUCAACAACCAAACCCUAGAUUGUGGUUAGAUAUCACUAAUAAACUGUUUCAUAGCAGGUAUGAUUCUUCAGUUUUAUCUGGCUUCUUGUUAAUGUUCAUUGCCAGCAUAGUAUGGUUGAAGCUUGUGUCCUAUGCACAUACCAAUUAUGAUAUACGAAUGCUAUCUCAGGAAGACAAGUCUUAUAGUUUUUCAGGCCUCAGUAACGAAGAAGGUGUUAGCUUCAAUCAGUUAGCAUACUUUAUGUUUGCUCCAACACUUUGUUAUCAGCAAAACUAUCCCCGUACAAUGUCCAUUAGAAAGGGUUGGGUUACCCGUCAACUUAUUAAGUGGGUGAUCUGUACAGGUGUAAUGGGCUUUAUCAUUGAGCAAUACAUGAAUCCAAUUGUGAAGCAGUCUCAACAUCCCUUAAAAGUGAAUCUUCUGUAUGCUAUAGAAAGAGUCUUAAAAUUGUCAGUUCCAACAUUGUAUGUGUGGCUUUGUAUGUUCUAUGGCUUUUUUCAUCUAUGGUUAAAUAUUCUGGCUGAGCUCCUUCUCUUUGGUGAUCGUGAGUUCUACAAAGACUGGUGGAAUGCAAAAACAGUUGAAGAGUAUUGGAGAAUGUGGAACAUGCCUGUUCACAAAUGGAUGAUACGCCAUGUAUAUUUUCCCUGCUUGCGCAACGGUAUACCAAAGGGAGUUUCUAUUUUUAUUUCUUUCUUUGUUUCUGCGAUAUUCCAUGAGUUGUGCGUUGCUGUUCCAUGCCAUAUAUUCAAGUUUUGGGCAUUUCUAGGGAUAAUGUUUCAGAUUCCACUGGUCACUCUGACAAAAUACCUCCAGCGUAAAUUCACUAACACCAUGGUUGGGAAUAUUAUAUUUUGGUUUUUCUUUUGCAUUCUUGGACAGCCAAUGUGUGUCCUCUUGUACUACCAUGACGUGAUGAACAGGAAUUUGAAGGAUUGAUUGAUCUACAAACGUUUUUUUGUUCUUAAUGAAGCGGACAUCGUGCACCAACUAUUAUUCAUAUUCACAUGGAAUAAUUUAGAAUGUUUCUUUAUUCUCUUGUGAUAAAACAUUACCCGGUUGGUUAGUCAAAUAUUUUGGAAGGUUGAGGACGUUGUUUUUUUUUUUUUUUGAUGAAAAAAAAGCUGGAUAAGGACAA